UUGUGUAACAAGACCGUAAAAAAAAAAGAUACUCUCUGACCGCACACAACUGUGACGACUGACAUUCUUGUACCCGCCCAUCGAGCAGUUGCGCAGCUGUACCUCUCUCUAUAUAAAACGUGAUGGAUCCUUCACCAGCUAAUUAAGCAGCCACACCAACCCAUUCAUACACGGCCGUGGUCACGCGCGCACGGCCAUGGCUUCCUCCUCCUCCAAGCGUUCCUCAUGCCUCCUCCUCCUCCUGGCCGUCUUCCUCCUCCAUGGCUCCUCCGCCACGUCCCGCCCGGCCACCGAGGACGCCGACCCGAUGGCGCAGCGGUUCCGGCGAUGGAAGGCGGAGCACAGCCGGACGUACGCCACCCCGGAGGAAGAGCGCCACCGGCUCCGCGUCUACGCGCGCAACAUGCGCUACAUCGAGGCCACCAACGGCGACGCCGGGCUCACCUACGAGCUCGGCGAGACCGCCUACACCGACCUCACCAGCGACGAGUUCACGGCCAUGUACACUUCUCGGGCGCCGCCGCUCUCCGACGACGACGACGACCUGCCGAUGACGAUGAUCACCACCCGUGCCGGCCCGGUCGCCGCCGCCGCCGGUGGAGGCUGGCUGCAGGUGUACGUGAACGAGUCGGCCGGGGCGCCGGCGAGCGUCGACUGGCGCGAGAGAGGCGCCGUCACGGCGGUGAAGAACCAAGGCCAGUGCGGAUCGUGUUGGGCAUUCUCCACCGUAGCGGUGAUAGAAGGAAUCCACCAAAUCCAGACCGGAAAACUAGCCUCGCUCUCUGAGCAAGAACUGGUGGACUGCGACAAGUUGGACCAUGGUUGCAACGGUGGAGUGAGCUAUCGUGCGCUACAGUGGAUCACCUCCAACGGCGGCAUCACCUCUCAGGACGACUAUCCAUAUACGGCAAAGGACGACACUUGUGACACCACAAAGCUUUCACACCAUGCCGCUUCCAUCUCAGGCUUCCAACGUGUGGCGACGAGGAGCGAGCUAUCAUUGACAAACGCGGUGGCCAUGCAACCCGUGGCGGUGUCGAUCGAGGCUGGCGGAGCCAACUUCCAGCACUACCGGAAUGGCGUGUACAAUGGUCCAUGCGGGACGCGGCUGAACCAUGGAGUCACGGUGGUCGGGUACGGGAAGGACGAGGUGACUCGGGAGAGUUACUGGAUCGUGAAAAACUCAUGGGGUGAGAAGUGGGGUGACAACGGAUACCUCAGAAUGAAGAAGGGCAUCAUAGACAAGCCCGAGGGGAUCUGCGGCAUCGCCAUCCGGCCAUCUUUCCCGCUCGUGUGAUAUGAUCAUGUGUGGUAUGCUUGGUCAUUAUUCUUUCCAUAGCAUGCAAAAGCUUAGUCAUCUUGUUGUCACAAGUACAAUACUUGUAAGGGGGUUCAUACAUGCUUGUAAAAAUGGGAGUAUAUUCAAACAUUUGUGAAUAAGAAACAUGGAAAUUGUUGAA